GGCGCGGGCGCGGGCGCGGGCGCGGGCGCGGUAUCACGUGGCGCCGGCGGGCUCCAUUUUGAAGCGGCCGGUUCGGGGAGUCGGGAGCUGAGGCGGGGGAAGGAGAUCGCAGAGCCUGAAAACAUGCCGGCUUAUUUCCAGAGACCGGAGAAUGCCCUCAAGCGGGCUAACGAAUUCUUGGAGGUUGGCAAGAAGCAACCUGCUCUUGAUGUGUUGUAUGAUGUCAUUAAGAGUAAAAAACAUCGAACAUGGCAGAAAAUACAUGAGCCUAUUAUGCUCAAGUACCUGGAGUUGUGUGUGGAUCUUCGGAAGAGCCACCUCGCAAAAGAAGGAUUGUAUCAGUACAAGAAUAUCUGCCAGCAGGUGAAUAUCAAAUCUUUGGAAGAUGUGGUUAGGGCUUAUCUAAAAUUAGCUGAAGAAAAAACUGAAGCUGCCAAAGGGGAAUCUCAACAAAUGGUACUUGAUAUUGAGGACUUGGACAAUAUUCAAACGCCAGAAAGUGUGCUGUUGAGUGCAGUUAGUGGAGAGGACACUCAGGAUCGCACAGAUCGCCUUUUGUUAACCCCUUGGGUCAAAUUUCUUUGGGAGUCCUACAGACAGUGUUUGGAUCUGUUACGUAACAAUUCAAAAGUGGAGCGUCUUUAUCAUGAUAUUGCUCAACAAGCAUUCAAGUUCUGCCUGCAGUAUACUCGUAAGGCAGAAUUCCGAAAGUUAUGUGACAACUUGCGUAUGCACUUGGGACAGAUCCAGCGUCAUCAUAACCAAAGCACGGCAAUCAAUCUUAAUAAUCCUGAAAGUCAGUCCAUGCAUCUGGAGACACGACUUGUACAACUAGAUAGUGCAAUUAGUAUGGAGCUCUGGCAGGAAGCUUUCAAAGCGGUUGAAGACAUUCAUGGAUUGUUCUCCUUGUCUAAGAAGCCUCCUAAGCCGCAGUUGAUGGCAAACUACUAUAAUAAAGUUUCCACAGUAUUCUGGAAGUCGGGAAAUGCUCUAUUUCAUGCAUCUACUCUUCACCGACUCUACCAUUUGUCCAGAGAGAUGAGGAAGAAUCUUUCAGCAGAGGAGAUGCAGAGGAUGUCAACUAGAGUACUUUUGGCUACAUUAUCAAUUCCUAUUACCCCUGAAAGAACAGACAUUGCCCGGCUGCUAGACAUGGAUGGUAUUAUUGUUGAAAAGCACCGACGACUAGCUACACUCUUGGGAUUGCAGGCACCUCCAACACGGCAGAGUUUAAUUAAUGAUAUGGUGCGAUUCAAUGUGAUGCAAUAUGCAGCACCUGACGUGAAGGAUGUCUACAACUGGUUAGAAAUGGAAUUUCACCCGCUCAAACUUUGUGGGCGAGUUACUAAGGUUCUCAAUUGGGUUCGAGAUCAGUCAGAAAAAGAACCUGAACUUCAGCACUAUGUGCCUCACUUGCAGAACAACACUAUCCUUCGACUUCUUCAACAGGUUGCUCAAAUAUAUCAAAGUAUUGAGUUUACGCGAUUGGCUUCCUUGGUUCCAUUUGCUGAUGCUUUCCAGUUGGAACGUGCUAUUGUUGAUGCAGCUAGACACUGUGAUUUGCAGGUUCGCAUAGAUCACUCUACCCGUACUUUGAGUUUUGGCACUGACCUUAACUAUUCUCCACGAGAAGAUUCACCAGUGGGUCCCUUCUUGCAACCAAUGCCCUCGGAGCAAAUUAGAAGCCAGCUCACUGCAAUGUCUGCUGCAUUAGCCAGAGCUAUUCAAGUUGUUAAGCCAGCACAUUUGCUUAGUGAGAAGGAGGAACAGCACCAGCAGGCUGUCAGUGCUUACUUGAAGAAUGCCAGGAAGGAACAUCAGCGUAUCCUUGCCCGUCGUCAAACUAUCGAAGAGCGAAAGGAGCGCUUGGAAAGUCUGAAUGUUCAGCGAGAGAAGGAAGAAAUGGAACUGCGAGAAGCAGAGCUUCAGAAAGUUCGUAAAGCUGAAGAAGAACGUUUACGUCAAGAAGCUCAGGAGAGAGAGAAAGAGCGCCUCAUGCAAGAACAUGAAAACAUCAAGCGGAAGCAUGUACGGGAGCGGUUGGAGCAAAUCAAAAAAACUGAACUGGGUGCUAAGGCAUUUAAAGAUAUUGACAUUGAGGACCUUGAAGAAUUGGAUCCGGAUUUCAUAAUGGCUAAGCAGGUUGAACAACUGGAGAAAGAAAAGAAGGAACUUCAAGAACGUCUGAAAAAUCAAGAAAAAAAGAUUGAUUUUUAUGAAAGAGCUAAAAGAUUAGAAGAAAUACCUUUGCUCAAGAAAUCUUUUGAGGAACAGCGAAUAAAAGACAUGGAAUUGUGGGAACUUCAAGAGGAAGAAAGGAUCACCAACAUGAAAGUAGAGCGGGAGAAGGCACUGGAACACAAGAAUCGAAUGUCAAGAAUGUUAGAAGAUCGAGAAUUGUUCGUGGCUAAGCUUAUGGCUUCACGCCGCACUGUGUAUGAGGAAAAACUGAAGAAUUUCCAGGAGAAGCUCAAUGAGGAACGGCACCUGCGCUUAGAGGAACGUAAGCGACAACGUAAAGAGGAAAGACGCAGGAUUUAUUAUAUAGAAAAAGCAGAAGAAGCUCAGAGGCUGGAAGAGGAAAAGCUUAAAAAAGAACGAGAAGAAAGGGAACGUACUGAGCGUGAGAAACGGGAAGCAGAAGAGCGAGAAUACCAGGAAAAACUCAGAAAGUUGGAAGAAACUGAAAGGAAACGCCGCCAGAGAGAGAUGGAAAUUGAAGAACGAGAACGUCGUAAAGAAGAAGAAAGAAAACUUGCUGAUGAUCAGCUUAGGAGAAAGGACUUAAAUCGCUGGAGUGACAGAGAUGGUGAACGAGAUAGCUGGAGGGAUACCCGUGGAGAGAGAGACUCUGAGUGGAGACGUGGCGGAACUGAUGCAGAAUGGCGCCGAGGAGAAAGCCGAGGUUUUGAAGAUGAAAGGCCUGCAUUCCGUCGAGGAGAGGACAGAAUCCGACGGGAUGAUGAUAAGGAACUACUGUUCAGGAGAGGAGAUGAUGAUCGGAGUAUGUUGUUUAGAAGAAGUGAUGAUGACCGUGGAUCUUGGAGGGAUGAUGACAGACCACCUCGCCGAGAUGAUGACAGGGGCCCUCGGCGUGCAGAUGACUCAAGACCGGGCCCAUGGAGACCACUUGAGAGACCUGGCGGUGGAUGGAGAGAAAGAGAAAAAGCUCGUGAAGAAAGUUGGGCCCCACCCAGAGACAUCAGGUCUUCAGAAGAUAACAAGGAUAGAGAGCAUGACUUGGAUCGGGAUCGAGAUCAGGAUCGACGUCUGCCAUUUAGAGACAGGGAUGAAGGCCCUUGGAGACGUGGAGGCUCUGAAGAGGGCAGUAGUUGGAGAGAUUCUCCUCGGCGUGAUGACUGGGAUGGUGACCGAGAUCGUAGAGACUUCCGUGAACGCCGAGAAAUAAAGGAUCGUAAAAUCGAGCCAGAGCGUCGUGCUCCACCUGUUAGGGGUGAUCGAGAAGAGGGUGUGUGGCGACGUGGUGGUGAGGAUCGAAGAGCUGAAACCCAGGAUGACAGGGAGCUAAAGGGUACACCCAGCAAAGGUCUGUCGCAUAAGGACAGUGACCAAGAAAAAUCAGCCUGGCGAACUGACAAGGAGAAAGAGACACCUCGGCGUAUCAAAAAUGAAAUUGAUGAAGAAGGCUGGACUACAGUGCGCCGCUAAAAGUACAUCAGUGUCCUGUUUACCAGGAUACAGGCUGAAUCCUUUUCAAUCUGACUUAUAGUAACUUUAUGGCUUAAUCUUUUUGAAGCUAACAAUUAAAUUGACAUUUGUUAAACUGUACGCAUGUAUCUAUUUUAGUACAACUUAAUACAAGCUGAUCAUGCAACUACAAUGAUAGACGCCUGCGAAGUGAAACACCUGUUGCAUGUCAAAGCAUUUCCUUUACUCAGUCAGCCUAUCAGUUGACAAUAAGGGCAGUAAGUGAAUACAAUUAGCAUCCAGUGCAGCUGUCAUGUGAAAGGACAAUGCCUUCCCAUUACUUGUCAGCCUGUCACUUGGUAACGUUAUGGUAAAGGAACAGCACUGGCAUUCUAUGUAUGCAGCUGUAAUGUGAAAGAAAAAUGCACAUCAAAACCUGAAUCUCAAUUUUUAUCAACUGAUUUGGAUAAAGUAGCCUCGCUGUAUUACAUAGGUGUGAUUUAAGGCUUUUAAUAUACAUCUAUUUGUUGCCAGUAUGUCAGCUGUCAUACUGUAAAUUGUGUGAACAUAUUUUUAAAAUGUCACAUUAUUUAAACCUUGCAGUUUGGAGAAAUUUUGGUCAGGUUUGCUUUGUUUUUCAUUUGGAUGAUUAAAUUGAUUCAGAUCUAGUUUUGUUCCCAUCUUUCAAAUAAAGGUUUUCCUCAUCAGA